UCAGGGAGUCCUCGCGGAGUGAUACAGCGUGAUCCGUCUCCGCUGUCACUGCCUGGGAGCCGCCCUCUCAGCCUGACCUGACCUCACACUUAUUAGUAAACCCCGCCUCGCGGGCACUGGACCCCGCCCACAUAGCCAGGAAGUGAGGUCUGAUCGGUGACUGGCUGGAUCUAGGUCUCGCGAGACUAGGGCGCAAUGCCUGCGAUAUCGGCUGCUGGUGCUGGCCGAGCUUAGCGCGGAUAAUGAGCGUGGGAGCGCGAAGAGCGGAGUCCGGCACUCAGGUGAAUGGUGACUCAGUUGCUUGCUAGACUGGAAGGUCGAGCAUCACUUAAAGAACUUGAGCCAUUACUUUUUGCCAGCGUAGACUGUCCAGUUCAUGGUGAUAUAAUCGAAUUUCAUGGUGCCGAAGGCACAGGGAAAACGGAAAUGUUCUGCCAUCUAAUUGCACGGUGCAUCUUGCCCAAAUCCGAAGGUGGUUUACAGGUGGAAGUGAUCUACAUAGACACAGAUUAUCACUUUGAUAUGCUGCGGCUGGUGACUAUUCUUGAACACAGGUUGGCACAGAGCAAUGAGGAGACGGUGAAAGAGUGUUUGAGUCGACUCUUCCUAGUCUGUUGCAACAGUAGUGUUCAGCUGCUUCUUACUCUUUAUUCUCUAGAAAACAUGUUUUGCAGUCAUCCCACACUGUGCUUAUUAAUCAUAGAUAGUCUUUCUUCCUUCUACUGGAUCGACAGGAAUAAUGGAGGAGAUAGCAUUGCCAAGCAAGAGUCGAACAUGAGAAAAUGCAUUGAGCUUCUUGAUAAACUGCUAAAAGAAUACAAGUUGGUUCUUUUCGCUUCAACGCAAACGCUCAUGCAGAAAUUUUCUAAUGAUGUCAACAAAGGAUCUUCUCAUUCCACUGAACUCGCUGCUCCCAUCUUGAACUUUAAGCCUUACCUCUGUAAGUUGUGGCAGCAGGUCACUACACAUAGGAUCCGCUUUUCCAAAGACGCAAUGCAACCAGAUAACGUCCAGACGUUUUCCAUAACCUCCAAUCACCUGAAGACCAACAGUGUCACUAGACACACGUUUGUAAUAGCUGAUUUUGGAGUGAAAUUUAUUUCUUGAUCCUGUAUUAUAAUGUAUUCUUCUU